GUGACGUAGACAACCGGCUUAUCCAACACAGGAACACCUAUCAGUAGGUGGAUGCUCCCAGUACCGUUAUUUCUUAAUUUUAAAAACGGGAUUUUAACAAACACAUUUAUUCACGAAACCAACGCUCGUUGUGGAUCAGAAUGUCUGCCAGCGCAGUUUACAUCCUCGACCUGAAAGGCAAGGUGCUGAUCUGCCGUAACUACCGGGGUGAUGUGGACAUGUCGGAGGUGGAGCACUUCAUGCCCAUCCUCAUGGACAAGGAGGAAGAGGGAAUCCUGUCCCCCAUUCUUGCUCACGGCGCAGUGCGAUUCAUGUGGAUCAAACACAACAACCUUUACCUUGUUGCAACCUCUAAGAAGAACUCCUGUGUGUCCUUGGUCUUCUCGUUCCUCUAUAAACUCAUCCAGGUGUUCUCAGAGUACUUCAAGGAGUUGGAGGAGGAGAGUAUCCGAGACAACUUUGUUAUCAUUUAUGAGCUCAUGGACGAGCUCAUGGACUUUGGUUACCCUCAAACCACAGACAGCAAGAUUCUGCAAGAAUACAUUACACAGGAGGGCCACAAGCUAGAGACGGGAGGUCCCCGGCCCCCCGCCACCGUCACCAACGCUGUAUCCUGGCGCUCCGAAGGGAUUAAAUACAGGAAGAAUGAAGUGUUCCUGGACGUCAUUGAAUCAGUAAACUUGCUGGUGAGUGCCAACGGCAACGUGCUGCGCAGCGAGAUCGUGGGCUCCAUCAAGAUGCGCGUGUUUCUGUCCGGCAUGCCAGAGCUCCGGCUGGGCCUCAACGACAAGGUCCUGUUUGAAAACACUGGACGUGGGAAGAGUAAAUCUGUGGAGCUGGAAGACGUCAAGUUCCACCAGUGUGUCCGUCUGUCGCGCUUCGAGAACGACCGCACCAUCUCCUUCAUCCCCCCCGACGGGGAGUUUGAGCUGAUGUCCUACCGUCUCAACACCCACGUCAAGCCACUGAUCUGGAUUGAGUCUGUGAUAGAAAAGCACUCGCACAGCAGAAUUGAGUAUAUGAUCAAGGCCAAGAGCCAGUUCAAGAGGCGCUCCACCGCCAACAACGUGGAGAUCCACAUCCCAGUGCCCACGGACGCCGACUCACCCAAGUUCAAGACCACCGUGGGCAGCGUCAAGUGGAUCCCAGAGAACAGCGAGAUCAUCUGGUCCAUCAAGUCCUUCCCGGGUGGUAAGGAGUACCUGAUGAGAGCCCACUUUGGCCUGCCCAGUGUAGAGGCUGAGGACAAGGAAGGGAAGCCCCCCAUCAGUGUCAAGUUUGAGAUCCCCUACUUCACCACCUCUGGUAUCCAGGUUCGCUACCUCAAGAUCAUUGAGAAGAGCGGCUACCAGGCCCUUCCCUGGGUCAGGUACAUCACCCAGAAUGGAGACUACCAGUUGAGAACCCAGUAGCCCUACCUGCAUGGUCUUACGGUACAUCAUCCUCCAUCUCCAGCCAGACAGACAGAAGGAUAAGCUGUGGAGGAAGGGAUGGAUACACCUGGUAGCCGGUACACACGGGAACAAACUCUUUCUACUGUGUAAACCUCGAGGGACCCACAUGGGGUGGGCUGUGUCAGUUUAUCCCUGGUGUUAAAUUAACAGAUCGGUUCAAACUCGGCUCCGCUCCUGUUUGGUAUACGUACCAUGGGUUUGCGGAAAAAAACGGAAAAUAUACUGUGUAGACUUGUGAAUAGUUUCUUUGUUCAGAUUCUUUUCUGUUUUAAUUUUCGAUUUUUUUACUUCUAAGUGCCAUAAACAGGGUUAGAUUGAUCAUAUCGAUCUACAUUAGUGAAAAAUAUUUGCUGGGGAAAAAGACAUUGUUUAUUUCUUGUUGUAAUAGAAAAUUCAAUCGGUACAUUUGUGGAAACUAGCUUAGACGUUGUUUGCCUACAAAACAAGUACACAAGUAUUUUUUUUUUAACGUGUAUUUGAUUAAAUGAUUUGGUAAUUCUUUCGUCCCAAGUAAAAAUAAGAAGACUUUAUCCCUCUCCUGAAACCUUAGCUGAACAUGCAUUGCAAACAACCAUGCUUUCGUUCUCCGCGACUGAAAAAACAUCCUCACCUGAGAUGACUUUGCUGUUCUUCUCCCUAAUCUCCUCCGCCCACAACACGUGGCACUACCCAGGUGUAGCCGUUUGAUGUCUUGACUACACUUGUGAAGACCUAUUGUUAAGCAAUAUUUUAUUGAAUUACAUUUACGGCUCUAUUUAUCGGUUGUAAUUAAAUUAUCGGAAUAAUGCAUAAUAAUAUACAAUUCCCACAAUCUACGAUGAUGACUAUCGACUAACGAUGAUUUACCGGCCCGAUAUUUAUUGUGCAUUCUUAACAUGAACAGACGGCGAAAUCCCAAAACGGUAUCACCCCUAAAUCCAUGUGAAGAAUGUUUGCUUAAUCAUGCAAAUGUACUCCUGAAAAGUUGCGUGGCAACCAACUUAAAAACAGAAUUUUAUGAUUUAGCCAGAUGUAUUCAUUUUAUUCUCGUGUCUGGCUGUUAAUAAAAAAAAGUAAACAACAUUACGCCCAUUUCAUAUUUGACAAAUCAGCGAUAUGAUUUUUUGUAUAAUAUAUUGAAUUGUAUCAUAUUGUAUUAUAUUGUGAAGUUAGCUUGAUCGCUGGUUCCAGGAUAAACAAGCAACAAACUGUUGUUGCAUCAUAAUUGUUGUAUAUAUAAAUAAUUGUUUGCCAUAAUUAUUAUGUUUGCCAUAAUUAUUAUUAUUAAUACAAAGACUUAGGAUGGUCUGAGCUCUUCAGAAAGCCAAAAGUAUACUUCACCAGUUGUCUUUGUUUCUUGGUACGAUAUGACUUCCAGCUAUCGAUAGAAGAGAGGCAAAAUCUUUUAAUGGACAGGUUUUGUCCGAGCUCUCACCUGGUACAGAGGACUUUAUAGUUUCAUGUUGAUGUGUGUGAUUAGAAAAUAGGUUUAAAGUAUAACAUUAUAAAUAGCUGUAGCCACAAUGGAUUGAAAAUCAAGCUAAUUCAAUUCCUCCUUGCCAAAAUAUAAAUGUCUGGCAGGGAAGCAUAACUGAGUAUGUGAAGACUGAUUUGUAAGCAUCUAAAUUGAGCAAUGUGCAUUAUUAAGAUAUUAAAAUACACAAUACAAUAACGCAUAAUGUUCCUUUACGCCAGUAACUCAUUCUGCACAACACCCUAAGGAUCAUAGCAUCUGCUUAUCAUUGUCCAAGAUGUAUUAUGUCAUCAAAACACCCUGAUCGUGUGCUAUGUGUUAUCAAACUGUUACCAGCAAUAAAUCAGUUUCAUGGAAUGGC